UCUUCUCGAACCUUCCCCUUAGUUUUCUUUACCCAUAGUGCACCGCGGAGCUUCCUUUCUUCUUGGUUGUGUGGUGGUCCAAUAUGUCGCUUUUAGACGGUCCGUUAAACGUGCUCGGGCAGAGAACGACUGGCGAAUCUGUCCGCACUCAAAAUGUUAUGGCCGCAGCAGCCAUCGCUAACAUCGUCAAAAGCUCCCUCGGACCAGUUGGUCUCGACAAGAUGCUGGUGGACGACAUUGGGGAUGUGACCAUCACAAACGAUGGAGCAACCAUUCUGAAGCUGCUGGAGGUGGAGCACCCAGCUGCUAAGGUCCUCUGUGAACUGGCCGACCUGCAGGACAAGGAGGUUGGAGAUGGCACCACGUCUGUGGUCAUUCUUGCUGCAGAGUUGCUCAAGAGUGCAGAUGAGCUGGUGAAGCAGAGGAUUCAUCCCACGUCUGUUAUCAGUGGAUACCGUCUGGCUUGCAAAGAAGCUGUGCGCUACAUUAACGAGAAUCUGACUAUUGGGACCGAUGACUUGGGCAGGGAGUGUUUAAUCAACGCCGCAAAGACCUCCAUGUCUUCCAAAAUCAUCGGAGUUGAUGCGGACUUCUUUGCUAAUAUGGUGGUAGAUGCUGCCGUGGCGGUCAAGUUUACUGACAGUAAAGGGGUGGCCAGAUAUCCCAUUAACUCAGUGAAUGUGUUGAAAGCCCACGGCCGAAGCCAGAAAGAAAGUUUCUUGGUCAACGGUUACGCACUGAACUGCACGGUUGGCUCACAAGAAAUGGUGAAGCGGGUUGUAAACGCUAAGAUCGCUUGCCUGGACUUUAGCCUGCAGAAAACCAAAAUGAAGAUGGGCGUCCAAGUAGUUAUUAACGACCCGGACAAGCUGGACCAGAUCAGACAGAGGGAAUCUGACAUCACCAAGGAGAGGAUCCAGAAAAUUUUAGCAGCAGGAGCAAAUGUUAUCUUGACCACUGGUGGCAUCGACGACAUGUGUCUGAAGUACUUUGUGGAAACUGGCGCUAUGGCAGUUAGACGGGUUCUCAAAAAGGACCUGAAACGGGUCGCCAAGGCAACAGGAGCCACCUUUUGCUCCUCGCUGUCCAAUCUGGAAGGAGAGGAGACGUUUGAUGCCACCAUGCUCGGCCAGGCCGAGGAGGUUGCGCAGGAGCGCAUCUGUGAUGAUGAGCUCAUCAUUAUAAAGAAUACAAAAGCACGUACAUCAGCCUCCAUCAUUCUGCGUGGAGCUAAUGACUUCAUGUGCGAUGAGAUGGAGCGUUCGCUACAUGAUGCUCUGUGUGUGGUCAAGAGGGUGCUGGAGUCUAAAUCGGUGGUACCUGGAGGAGGUGCUGUGGAGGCAGCGUUGUCCAUUUACCUGGAGAACUAUGCUACCAGCAUGGGCUCCAGAGAGCAGCUGGCCAUUGCAGAGUUUGCACGGUCUCUUCUCGUCAUCCCCAAAACUCUGGCUGUGAACGCUGCGCAGGACGCCACAGACUUGGUGGCCAAACUUCGAGCCUUCCACAACGAGGCUCAGGUCAACCCUGAACGCAAGAAUCUCAAAUGGAUUGGUUUGGACUUGGUGAACGGCAAACCCAGGGACAAUCGUCAGGCUGGUGUCUACGAACCCACCAUGGUUAAAACAAAAAGCCUCAAGUUUGCCACCGAGGCGGCGAUCACCAUCCUCCGUAUCGAUGACCUCAUCAAACUGUUCCCAGAGCCCAAGGAGGGCGGGAACUCGUAUAGAGAUGCUGUUGAAUCUGGCGCUCUAGAGGGUUGAAAAGCUGGUCUCAUUAUGUUCAGUAAUGUGUAUUUAUGCAUUUACAGGCUCGUUAUGGCUGUUGCGCUAGUGUAGGCUUCUCACUGAUCCCACUCCCAUCCUGUUGAGGUUCACGCUUCAAAACUGUUAAUGAUUUUGUUUUUGGACACAAUAAAGCUUCAGUGGUUGUAAACGAA